CACACACGCGUGUCUUACGGUCGCGUGCCGCCCUAAUGUCCCUCCCCACGUGCCUCCGUCUCUGUUCUACCUACAACGGCCACAUAGUUGAUGAGAUCAUGACUCAUGGUAUAUGUUAUAAGGGACACAUCCUUGUGAUCGUAAGAAAUGACACAUUUUAUAAG